UGCGAUCUCUCGCCCGUCAUGGAUCUUCUGUGCUGCGAGACGACAGAGACCGAGUGCCGGGCGUACGCCGAUCCUGCUCUCCUGGGCGACGACCGGGUCCUGCAGAAUCUCCUACAGACCGAGGAGCGCUACGCGCCGAGCCGGUCAUACUUUGAGUGCGUGCAGAGGGACAUCUCGCCGCUCAUGCGCAAGAUAGUCGCCGAAUGGAUGUUGGAGGUAUGCGAGGAGCAGAAGUGCCAGGAUGAGGUCUUUCCCCUGUCGAUGAACUACGUCGACAGGUUCCUCUCGAUCUGCCCAAUCAGGAAGUCGCAGCUGCAACUGCUCGGCACCGCCUGCCUGCUGCUGGCGUCGAAGCUGCGUGAAACAUCGCCGCUCACGGCCGAAGUCCUGGUUUUCUAUACCGAUAAUUCCAUCACUCUCGACGAUCUAUGGAGGUGGGAGCAGCUGGUCGUUUCGAAGCUGAAGUGGGAACUAUCCGCGGUGACGCCCGGAGACUUCCUAAUGCACAUCCUCAGCAGAUUGUCGUUGCCGCACACCUGUGACACUGUGAUGGUCCGGAGGCACGCGCAGACCUUCAUCGCUCUCAGCGCCAGAGAGUACAAGUUCUCCAUGUAUACGCCGAGCAUGAUUGCAGCCGCAAGUGUAGCGGCGGCGUUACACGGAUUGGAUUGGACCGGGAAGAGUGGCUACGGACUAGCCGGUCUCCUGGACGAGCUCACCCGCAUCACGGCCAUCGAACAGGAUUAUUUGCAAGGCUGCCUAGAGCAAAUCGAGGAGAUGAUCUCGCAGGCCGGUCACGUGAGCACCGAAGUCUCCGGAAACGGAAGCGGGCAUCAGACAAUGAGUACUGGAGUCCCGAGCGUACCGCAGAGGCCGCUGGGGGACCAGAACAACACGAGUCAGGAGAAAAUACUGGAACACGAGAAGGCGGGCACGCCAACAGACGUCAGAGAUGUACAUUUUUGAAAACCGCAGUAGGGGGACACUCCGUAGGGGCCGACACAUCGGUGAGUCUGAUAGCCGAGGAAAAGUUACCUUCCAGCGAGGAAGAAAUGAAAGAGGAUAACGAUGAUGAUGAUGACGAACAACCAGAGAAGAAGCGGAGGAGAGUUGUGGAAGAACGGCACGAUAUUCUGGAAGCGAAACGUAACAUGGAACCAGCUGAUCGUCAUUCGGAGCAAAAAACUUCAUUCGAAGAAUCUCGAGAUUGAACUUGAUAAAUCGUUAAUUGCGUUUAAAGAUUGUGACGCAAAUUGUAAGCCGGGGAUAUGCGUAGAACGCAUAUUUUGAAUCAUGAAUAAGGUUUAUUUCGAUAUAAAAUUGACGGGACGUAUCUAUGCAAGAGAGAAUGUUUACAUUUUUGAAUUUAUUUUGAAGAUUACAU